AUGGGAAAGACUAAGAUCCCUCUUCCUGAAAUCAAUGCCAACACUAGCAAGUACACGGGGACCUUCUCUCACGUCCCCGCGCUCUGCAUCACCGAACCUUUUAGCGACAAAGUCUCUGUACCUCAGAGCUGCAAGGGAAAGCAGUUCCGCGGGGGCCUCUGGCAUGGCGCCGACUCGUUCGCGCAUGUUGCAAGCGAUGCUUUCCGCAAGGCGAGCAACGCCACUACUGCGCUCUUCACGGUCGCACCAUCGCUGAGCAGCUCAGCGGACGUGAAGGGGAAGGACAAAUAUGUCGACAACGAUCGGUACAAGGAGAAGUUUCCCGACGGAGACUUCCGUCCUAAAGCCUGCAGCAAGCUCGGCUUCAUGACAUCAGACUUCGCUAAGCGAGAGCUGUAUGCCAACACGAGGAACACAGAGAGGCUGCGUGAGACGCUGAGAAAAGAAGACAGGUUGAUGAAGAAAGUGCGGCAGGAUAUGGAGGCGAGAAACUCUUCGAAUGACUCAUUAAGCGCAGAAGGAGGUGCCCCCGAAGAACUGCCUCAACAAAAACUCUACGAUGUUGUUCAUCGCAACCCUGCGACGAGCCUCAAGUACAAACGAGACGACCGGCAAGGGAUUCACCUCUACAUCGCACAGCGAAAGAGCAUGCGAGGAGAGAUGAAGUUCUGCUCUGUACUCAGCAAGGGAGCGGACGUGGAGGUUCAGAUGCAAGAAGAGGGCUAUGGCUCCACCCUCAAGUCUCCCACCGGCUCCAAGUGGGUGCAAGUCAAGCUGCCGUCGGGCCCUCUGCUCAACGUGCUGGUGGACGACAACCAGAAGAUCGUCGCGCAGAGGGUGGUGGACGAGGUGACGACCAUCUAG